UAAAAUUAAUUUCAGCAAUAUGGUUUACAUGAUAAACAAUCCUUUAACAUUGAUAUUAGAGGUAUUAGUUCAAUAAAGAAAAAAAAAGUUAGAAGUGGUCUAUAUAGACAAGAUUUAAAUAAGCUUUCAUGGAGAUAAAUCUAAAAGAAUGGAUGUAAAAAGUGAUCCUCAAAUAUCCAUUGAUCCUCACUUUGUGAAAUAUCCAUUGAUGUUAAGAAGAAUGUCAACCUCUGAUUGACAAAAUUCUUAGUUCAGAGCAACACAUGAAACAAAUAAAUCCAAGUGCUUUUUUGUUACUUUCAUUAUAUGAGUAAGGCGAAAUUGUUUCAAAUUAGGAGUACAGUGUACAUUCAUUAUGUGAUGGACAACAAGGUUACCCACUUAAUGCUAAACAUAUCAUAAGGAUUGAAAAAAACAUUGUUUAAUAAAUGCUUAUGAUAACAAAACAGACUCCACAUUGAUGGUUAUAAUUAUAUACAAUAGAAAUUAACUAGAACUGGGACAGUCAGUGAAACCAUUUCUUUUAAGAAAAUCAAUCCGGAACACAUAAUUAUGUAGCAAAUGAAUAAAGAAACAAUUCAAGACUAAGACACACUUCAACACAACCAUAAACAAGACACAAAGAAUAAUGAAGAGGUCAAUAUAAUUGACUCAAAGGAAUAAAACCAAAAUUGUAUACUAAACAAGACUCCAGGAUGAAUGAUGCUCAACGGAGAGUGUUGAGGAACCAACAUGGGACAAUUCUGAAAAACCUUGUGCUGGACACAGACAUCCUUGGCCUCCUACUGCAGAGAGAUGCUCUCACCGAGAACAUGGUCCAAACUAUACAGUCCAAAGCCUCCCAACAUGAGAAGAUCAUUGAGCUCUUGCUGAUGUUACCCAAGAGAGGACCAAAGGCUUUCCCAGUAUUCCUGGAGGCUGUGCGCAAACAUUCCUCCUUUCUGGCAGAUAAACUGGAAACAGACUAUGAAAAAGAACACAAGCACAUGAUAGAGGAGCAAGCAAAGGCAACAGAGACCCGCAAGGAGGAGCAGCAUGCUCACCAUGACAACCCACACAGUCGCCAAGACAACCCCCAUGACCUGGAUUUGUCAAGCCUGACUGGACCACAACAUACACCCAGGGCAGCCACCAACCAGGAUAAGGCAUUUGAAAAAAGCUUUAGAACCAAAGAGCAGUACUCAGAGAGACGCCAUUCUCUGUCAAUAUCUACCGCCAAUCAUGCAAUGACCUCCAGUAUUGUCCAGCAGAACCUUAACACUCUUUACACAAAGAUGAAGUCAAAACUACAGACAAACAAUACAAGGGAGCAUUCAUUUGCCAGUCCAGAGCCAGCCACAUUUAAGAUGGUGGACAAACUACUGGAGGAGCUGUUUCACAACUUGGAGGAGUAUGAGAUGACUUCUUCCCAAUGUCAUGCCCUGUUUGGAGGAAAGGACCGGAACUACCCACUUGUGUCACACAUUAUCAACAUCCAGAAGGCAAAACGGGAGCUGGAACAGGACUUAAAGACCAAGGACAUCCAGAAGAACAAAUACGCAGACCACAUCAGCAAACUAGAGAACCGGUGCAGGAACCAGGCAACUGAAGUGAACCAUCUAAAUGAAGAGAUCAAGAAGUUAAAAGAAGAACUUGAGAAACUUCAGGCAAUCAACAGUGAGAGAGAAGAGAAGCAGAAAAUAAUAGAUGAGCUUAGGAAAAUGGUAAUGGAUGCUGACACAUCUAAGAAAAGUAAACUAAGAAGUUCGUACUUAGCUUUGCACUAUGACUCGAACAGUACUGAAAUUAAGCAACUAAGAGCAGAAGUAAGGAGCUUAAUGAUGGACAAUGAAAAUCUUAAGACAGAAAAUCUUAUGCUCAAAAAGUCUGAAAACAUGAAGAAGCUUGCUAAACUGAGAGAGGAUCAGACAAAUAAUCCAAAACUUGAGCUUAAGCUCAGUGAUAAUGCUGAGAAGGAGGAAAGUAGGGACAGUGCAUCAAGAGGAAGAACAAUGGUUUCCUCUCAUUCCCCAUACAAGAGUCCGCCAAGAAAGUUAGACACUGAAAGACCGUCACCUUUUCUUUACCUAGAAAAGUCUUUUGUCAGAGCUUCUAAUGAUUCUGUUAACAGCAUUGACAAAGAGGCUGAUACUAUUGGAAGAGUUGCCAAGGGUAAGGGUUCUGACCUUGACUUUAAAUUUUCUGAAACUGGUCAGAAUGUUUCUCUUGGGCAGAAAAGAAGCCCAAGUAAGGACAGGUCGAACAAGAGAGUCACUUUUCUGAGUGAUAUUGGAAUUGGGCAACAAUAUGACCCAUCUAGUAGUGAGUCCAAAAAUCCAAAAUCUUCCCCUGAUUUUGACAAGGAGAAAGACAAAACAAACAGUACACCAAAUGGGCACAUUACAAAUGUUGUGCUUGCAAAGCCAGAGAAAGCUCCACCUGGGAGGGGAAGAACAAAACAGAGCAGUUUAAAAGCAAGAGCAACCUCCAAAAGGUCCUCUUCACUCAACAUUAUUUCAAACUCCAGAGACAUUAUGAAGAUGUCGAGCCAGUUGAUACAAAAGAGUAGGAAUUUAAGACAGCCAACUACAGCUGGACACUAGUAUUUUGUGUAAUUACAGUUUUGUAGUGUAUAUUUGUGUGGAAGUUUAAAUAAUUGCCUGUUUUUUGUGAGAUGUCUUGGGUGUACAAGCACAAGCUUUGUAGUGAAGGGCUUUACACUUCUCAACCAUAGAGUUGUGGGGGGGGGGUAUCAGUUUUGCAAUUUUUGCCCAAAAUUAUCUUUCACUUUGUGGCUAAUUUUAUUCUGUAUCACUAGCUUUACCCUUGGAUAGGGGAAAUAUUUCAUAGGAAGAAUUAAGUCAAUACAAUUGUGUAUAGAUAUGAUUACGAAAAUAAACUUUGGUCCAAAGUUGAUAUAGCUUACAAUAACAAUUCAUGGACAUUAUAUUCAUUAAUUUCUUCAAACCACAUUUUGGAAUUGUAAUGCAUAAAAUGCUAAAUUAUAUGCAAAAUAAAAAAGUCAAGCUUAUUGUGGUUCAAAAUAGUUCUUUUGAAUCCAAAUUGUAUUUAAAUUGUCUUGU